AUGGCCGCACAAAUCCCGCUUUCUAGCUGUAUUGAGGGCCCCAUAAAUCCCCAAUUAUGGCAAAGUCUUGGGAUGGAUCAUUAUCUGAGAAACUACCCAGGUGGACAGAACAUGACCUUAGCUCAAUACACGAGACAAGUUCACGCGGCAAACUUCAUUUGCGGCAUUGGCCGGCACUGUUUGGCAGGCCAGCCAUGUGUACCAGUUGCAAAGCUCGAUUGGCUUGUGCUCUAUUCGGUCCAACAAUGGAAUUUUUACAUGAAUUCACUCUACGAAGCCGUCCAAGGAGCUAUCACUAUGGUUCGAGAGUCUGCCGCAUCGGCCGUCAGUGACUUUACCCCAAACGACCCGGUAAAAUGGAUGGGGCUCACGAUCACCACUGGAGUCUUAGCAGCCAUCGUCUUGGCCACCGCGGGGGCCAUGCUGCUCUUUCCCCUCGGCCCACUCACUGUCAUCUCGGAAGAAGCUGUCCUGGUGGAGGGCGAGGCGGCAGCUAGCGGGGCAGCAUCCGCUGGCGUGGCCGAGUCGCAAGUAGCAUCCGCUAGCGCCCCUGUGCUGGCCGAGUCUCAGGUGACUGGCUCGGGCACUGCCGCUGCUGGCACCGUGGCUAGUGCACCCGCUCUUCGCCGUCGACACCAUAAGGAGACCUUGUCCACGGAUAAAUUCGCGGCCUAUGCGAAGUUGGACAACGAUAUUGGACGUCUUCAGUCCAAGUUAAACAAAGUGAUCUCGCUCAACAUGAACUCUGUCCUGGCUUCCCCGAUCAGCUCCGACUUGGGCGUCUACAAUGUCGUCAAGAACGCUACCUACCUCAUGCCGAAUCCCAACAAGUCCGAACUACAGCAGAGUGCAAAGAAAUUGGCCCAGUUGACGAUGAUCUCAGAGCUGUUCAAAUCCUUGAAAAUGUUUGCGGUUGUGGGAACUGGACCAUGUAAUGGGGACGGGCCCAAUGGAGCGUUAUCGGGGAAUGACGUAGUAUCAUACUGCAGCGAUGAAGGAGUUUUGAUGAACAUCGUCCGAGCCGACGGCGACAAGAUGAACGAGAAGAUCCCGAACGGGAACCUGCUAUCGCAAAAGUACGGAUUCGAGACCAAGUAUCUGAUUUCCACGGCUUGGAGCUGUCAAGAGAAAUGCCAAGCUCAUCUCAAGUCUACCACCAACGGUCCUUCACAUCCAACCAACUCGACGACUACCAUCGCUGAAACCUCGAACCGAAUCAAUAGCGAUUGCGCGUUCACUUUGCCAGUUUGUGACACCAGGCUACCUGAAAUCCGCAAAAGAAUCACCAACCAUGACGAUGUCGUUAUUGCGUGUCGCGAGGCUGGUAACUUGGACAUAUGA